AUGUCGGACGAUGGCGAGACAAAGCCCAUGGAGGCCGAGUCGGAAGACAGGCCUGCAGCAGCCGAACAUGACCUGGAGGAGUACUUGGAGGGCGCCUCCUGCUUCAAGAGUUUUGAGGACGUGGAAGACGAGGUGCAUUAUUUGCGCCACCGCGGUGAUGCGUUGGCCCGGGGGCUCCUGGAGGCCCGGGAGGAGAUCGCUCGGCUGCACGAGGCUGGUCACCGACUGCAGAAAGCCUACGAGAGCUUGCAUCAACAGUUUCGUGAGGUGUCAGCCGACGCAGUCUAUUGGCAGUCCCUGGCGGAGGCACGUGUUGCGAGCGAGAAGACACAGGCCUGCAACCCCAUCGCCAGCUUUCAAGAGCCUGGCCUGUCGGCGAUCGCGGAGUCCGGCAGCCCUGCAUGUGUGACACCGCGCGGUUCGGUGAACCCCACUGCCGUGGAAGUUGAGGUCACGUCGGGGCCGACGAGUCCAGUGAACCUUGACCCUCGUGAGGCCCUCCGCCGAGCAGCGGUGGAAGCCGCCGAGGUCUUACAGAAGAGGGGUACCAGCCGAAAGAAGAAGGUCGACGCACCGUCCCCGCACCUCUCAAAGGGCUUACCCACGACCAGCCCCUCGAAACAUCGGAGCCGAGACUUUGAAUCGAUGAUGGCGAGGACUCCUCCUCGAAGAACACGCACCGAUACUGAGGGGAGCCCCUCCCCUUGCACGCCGGGGCUACGCGCGCUGUCGUCUGCAUUGAGCGGCGGCUUCUUGUCCCGUCCUUCAUUGUCCUCGCGGAAAUGGGGCAUAGGCCGGCAGCCAAUGGCAGCCAUGCAGUCAGCGGCUGAGGUCGCCUUCGGCGCACUGGACGUCGAUGAGGAUGGCUUGAUUGGCAGAGAUGACUUCGCCUUGUCCAUGACAGGGCUCCUGAGUCGUGACCUUGCCCAAAGCCUCUUCGAGUCUCUGGACCUGGAUGGAGAUGGCGCGAUCGAUCUCCAGGAGUUUCUCUGGAUGACGCAGGCAUUGUCAGAGACCGACAUCGAGUAUGCCUUCAGCUUCUUCGAUGUCAACGGUGACGGGCACGUCUCGAAAAAAGACUUGCGGGCCUUCUUUUCACAGCGAGGCCUGAUCCGCGAAGCAGAGAUCGAUGACAUGAUUCGUGCUUUAGAUGCGGAUGGUUCAAGCACGAUUGACCAAAAGGAGUUCAGCUCAUGGCUGCUUGGAGUCAUCAGCGGCGGAGUGGCAUCCGCUCCCAGCACUCUGGUCGAGCCCCCCGCGACCCCGAAACGCGGCCGGAAGCGCCGCGCCAAAGCGGCCGUCGCUCGGCGCCACGGUGCGAUCCAGAAGUUCAUCUCCACAGUCUGCCUGGCAGGGGCGGUGAAGCACUGGGAGGCCACGAUCCUGUGCCAGUCCGAUCGUGAGCUGCCGAUGCGGGCAGUGGACCAUCCCCUCUCCAAGCGGGAGAAGUUCGAGCGCCUUCACAUCAUGUCAGAGAGGCGUAUCCAAGACUUGGAGGCAGAGGUUCGCAGCCUCAAGGCCUUCGUGAGGCAUCUUAGAGAUUCCGACAGCCAAUGA